AUGCUGGCAAUCCGCUCAUUCGCUGCCCCUGCGCGACGACAGUGCUUUCAAGCACCUGUGCGUGCCUGGGCACCCUCAUCUAUCCAAUCUCGACGCCACUACGCGACAGAGCAGGGAAAGGUUGCCGAAUUCCUUGGACAGAAAGGCUCAGAUGGCCUCUACACAGUCAGCUUGAUCGAGGGUGAUGGUAUCGGACCGGAAAUCUCGCAAUCAGUCAAGGAUAUCUUCGCGGCUGCCAAAGCACCAGUGAAGUGGGAACCGGUCGAUGUCACUCCACAACUGAAGGAUGGCAAGACUUCAAUCUUGCCGGAAACCGUCGAGAGCAUCAAGCGGAACAAGGUGGCUCUGAAAGGCCCGUUGGCUACUCCAAUUGGUAAAGGCCAUGUGUCGCUGAACUUGACCCUCCGUCGAACUUUCAACCUCUUUGCCAAUGUCCGACCUUGCCGCUCGAUCGCAGGAUACAAAACUCCUUACGACAAUGUGGACACAGUCCUUAUCCGAGAGAACACUGAGGGGGAGUAUUCUGGCAUCGAGCAUGUUGUGGUCGACGGUGUUGUGCAGAGCAUCAAGCUUAUCACGAGAGAAGCUAGUGAACGUGUGUUGCGUUUCGCAUUCCAAUACGCACAAAAUGUCGGCAGACCGAAGGUUCGCGCGGUCCACAAGGCUACCAUCAUGAAGAUGAGUGACGGUCUCUUCCUUGGUACUGCCGAGCGUGUUGCCAAGGACUUCCCAGAUGUUGAAUUCGAUGCCGAAUUGCUCGACAACACCUGCUUGAAGAUCGUCACCGAUCCUACACCCUACAACGACAAAGUCCUUGUUAUGCCCAACUUGUAUGGUGACAUUCUCUCUGAUAUGUGCGCUGGUCUUAUCGGAGGUCUUGGUCUUACGCCAUCUGGCAACAUUGGAGACGAGUGCUCAAUUUUCGAGGCCGUUCACGGAUCUGCCCCCGAUAUCGCCGGGAAGUCCCUGGCCAACCCUACCGCGCUCCUGCUCAGCUCUAUCAUGAUGUUGAGACACAUGGGGUUGAAUGAACAUGCUCAGCGGAUAGAGACCGCUAUCUUUGAUACCCUUGCGGAGGGGAAGUCUCUGACUGGAGACUUGGGUGGAAAGGCGAAGACUCACGAGUACGCCGAGGCCAUCAUCAAGCGUUUGUAGAAAUACCGGCACCUGCUACUGUUUGAAGGGGUCAUACAUACAUAGACUGUACUAUGAAUAAAUGCAUAUUUUUCUGAAAGACUAACCAUUCGGCGCACGCUCUAGUGACCGAGCCCAGGAUUUCCUUGGUCCUUGUCUGUUUUUCUCAUAGGGAUAAUGUCCUUAGUAACUUUCCAUAGUAUACUGCCAUUCAACGAUAUUUAACUCUCGU